CUCUUCACUCCCCCUUCCGCACUCACUCACUCCAAAGGCAAAACCCUCCAUCUCUCUCUCUCUCUCUCUCUGGGUUUUAUUUAUUGGUGUUGUACUUGGUGCAUUUCUUAGAAAGUCGUAACCUUGGCGUACAACACCAGAUCUGCCCUGUCAUUCAUUCAAUUCAAGCUAUGCUCCACUAAGUUCAGUCACCUCCGAAAUGUCCAACUCCGACCCCAAAACCCGACCCCGUCUGGGCCCAUGGCCUCCGGUCCCGGAGUCCUCCCCAAUGCCCCCUUCUUCCUGGGCUAAGAAAACCGGCUUCCGCCCCAAGUUCGGCGAGACCAAUGCCAGUGAUUCUGGCCAGAUAUCCCUGCCGGCACGGCCCCGAGAGCCCCAAACCCAGCCCGAUCUCGAAGCUGGUCGGGCUCGACCCCAACCGGCGCCCAAUGGUGUACCCGAGCGCGAGAUGGCUACCCCGCCACCAGCGCCAGGGCCGCCUUCAGAAAAGGAUAAUAAGGUGAAGAGGAGGAAGGAGUCUGAUGGAGGGUCGAAGACUGCGGCCAAUGGGCCCAGUGGGGUUAAUGGGCAGGCUGCGACUACGCCCACGGAGCCCAAUUCGCAACCGCGGAGGGCGGCCAGGAGUGAGGAGGUGGUUGAUGUUUUGCCACACGGGGUUGAUGAUGAUGGGUAUGUGGCUAGGCACUCUCAUAUGAAGUAUGAGCUCAGAGAUACACCUGGUCUUGUUCCCAUUGGCCUCUAUGGGUUCCAGCAUUAUCUCUCCAUGUUGGGUUCGAUAAUUCUAAUUCCACUCGUCAUAGUUCCAGCAAUGGGUGGUACUUAUGAGGAUACUGCAAAUGUUGUCUCCACAGUGCUUUUUAUUUCGGGAGUGACCACUCUCUUGCAGACAUCGUUUGGAUCCAGAUUGCCCUUGAUACAGGGCCCCUCAUUUGUUUACCUAGCUCCUGCAUUGGCAAUAAUCAACUCCCCAGAAUUUCAAGGACUCAAUGGAAAUAAUUUUAAGCAUAUCAUGAAGGAGCUACAGGGGGCUGUAAUAAUAGGUUCAGCUUUUCAAGCAAUACUUGGAUAUAGUGGACUAAUGUCAAUAUUUUUGAGGUUAAUCAAUCCAGUGGUUGUGUCACCAACAAUUGCUGCUGUUGGACUUUCUUUCUAUAGUUAUGGUUUCCCGUUAAUUGGUAAUUGUCUUGAGAUUGGUGCGGUGCAGAUACUAGUGGUCAUUAUUUUUUCUCUUUACCUACGGAAGAUAUCCGUUUUUGGUCAUCGUGUAUUUCUGAUAUAUGCGGUUCCGUUGGGUCUGGCAAUCACAUGGUCGGCUGCUUUCCUACUAACUGAAGCUGGAGCAUAUAGCUAUAAAGGUUGUGAUAUAAAUGUACCUGCAUCAAACAUAGUAUCUGAACAUUGCAGAAAGCAUGUUUUGAGGAUGAAGAGCUGUCGAGUUGAUACUUCUCAUGCACUAAGAUCUGCCCCCUGGUUUAGGUUUCCCUAUCCAUUACAAUGGGGUACUCCUGUCUUCCACUGGAAAAUGGCCCUUGUCAUGUGUGUGGUAUCAAUUAUUGCAUCAGUUGAUUCGAUUGGCUCAUAUCAUGCAUCUUCAUUAUUGGUGGCAUCCAGACCUCCUACUCCUGGUGUUCUUAGUCGAGGGAUUGGUCUGGAAGGUCUUUCUAGUGUCUUGGCUGGUCUAUGGGGUACUGGAACAGGGUCCACGAGCUUAACUGAAAAUGUGCACACAAUAGCCGUCACUAAGAUGGGAAGCCGUAGAGCUGUUGAAUUGGGUGCAUGCGUUUUGAUCGUCUUAUCCCUUGUCGGUAAAGUUGGAGGCUUUCUAGCAUCUAUUCCUCAAGUCGUGGUUGCUGCACUGCUGUGCUUCAUGUGGGCGAUGCUUGCUGCAUUAGGCCUAUCAAAUCUACGUUAUAGUGAGGCUGGAAGCUCUAGGAAUAUUAUCAUAGUCGGGUUAUCUUUGUUUUUCUCGCUUUCAAUACCGGCCUACUUUCAGCAAUAUGGCAUCUCUCCAAACUCCAACUUAUCUGUUCCGAGUUAUUUUCAACCAUACAUUGUAGCUUCCCAUGGACCCUUCCGCAGCAAAUAUGGAGGGGUGAACUAUGUGCUGAACACGUUAUUCUCAUUACACAUGGUGAUUGCAUUCCUUGUGGCUUUUAUCCUGGAUAACACUGUACCUGGCAAUCGUCAAGAACGCGGGGUGUAUGUGUGGUCUGAAGCUGAGGUUGCUAAGAGGGAGCCUGCUGUUGCCAAGGACUAUGAGCUGCCCUUCAGAAUUAGCAGGUUUUUCAGAUGGGUGAAAUGGGUUGGCCUUUGACAGAAUUUUGUGGUUGGUGUUGGCAUAGUCAGAAGUUAAAGCUUUUCGAGCAGCCAUUUUCAGGUGACGAUUGUACUGUACUGUGAUUCUAAAUGUAAGUUCGGGGCACAUACUCUUAAUUAUUGGCCUGGAAACUGUUUUUUCCUGCACGAACAGAGUUGCGACUUGGUAGACUCAUAGGUCUUGUAGAGAUAUUGGUGUACAUUUGAGGAACCAGAGGAUAUGGUUUUGCUGUAAUCUUAGAUAAAUGUAACUAGUUUUGAGUCAUUGGGAAUAUCAGGUGGGACUCUCUUUCAUGCUGUCAAGUGAGGUUCAUGUAUAUGUUAUUUCGUUUGUUGUUUC